CGGUUUGUGUGGUCUUGACUACAGCACUACUAGGGAAUCUAGCAAAAAGUGAUUACAGCAAUACAUCAAUUCUUUGAGGAGGAACUUUUUCCUCCUUGAAUAAAUUGCAGGGAAACUGAGGACUUAAGUUUCCAUUCUGAAGAAAGGAGAGUCAGAUAACAGCCUGCUGAUAAAGAAAGUGGAUUUAUGACUUCCAAAGUGUCACGCCUCUAUCACGGAUAUUUAAAGCUGCUACUGCACAUCAUCAUGUCAUCCACACCAGAGAGCUGAAGCUGGAGCGACUGUAACCAGAGGGCAACAUCAAGAGGAAACAUCUGCUCGACUAAGUCAUCUUCAGAAAACGACUGAGAGGAAGAAACAGCAGAAAGAUGAGUGCUGCUCAGAGUCAAACCACACUGGAGUCCCUGCAGUGCCACUUCACCUGGAACCUGGUCCACAGCAGGCCUAAACUUUUACGUCUCACAGACAAGAUGGAGAACUUCAGCAAAGAGAAGGGAAAUCGAUGGCUGGGCCACAUUUACAACCUGUGGGGGUUCAUUCAGUAUAAGCUGGGGUUAAAUGAAGAGGCGAGGAACUUGUUUCAGAAGGCUGCAGAGACCCUCAACAAGAUUAGAAAUGCAGAUGUGGGUCCUUGGUUAGUGGUGAACUACGGGAACCUGGCCUGGCUGCACCACCACCUGGGAGAUCUAGAGGAGAGUCAGGCUUACCUGUCAAAGGUUGAUGCCCUGAUGGAAAAAUACCCAUCUCCAUCCCAGGACGACCUCAAUCCAGAGAUCUACGCUGAAAAGGCCUGGACCCUGAUGUUCUUGGGAGAGGAUAAAAAGCUGGUUGUUGAUUACUACGAGAAAGCUGCCAGGAUGCAGCCGGACAUGGUGGAUUGGAACACCAGCUAUGUCAUAUGGUUAAAGAACGCCCAAAACUUCAGUGACCCAAAGCUGGACCCUGACCUGUUGGAGAAAAUGAGACAAGCCAAGGAACGGGAUCCAGAGAACUUGUACCUCAUUGCUCUCUACCUUGACCAACUUGCUGAUGAAGCAAAAAAGAUUCGAGAUGAAGUCCGUGAGUUGGCUGGAAAUGUGAGCACUCUGUGCUGCAGUAACAGUGGCAUGUGGGCCUUACUAAACCUUUACAUAGGCUACAUAUCUGCUGAUGACGCCAUUGUUUUGGCAGAGAAAGUUCUGAAAGAACAUGCAGAUGUGCGUUUUCUGAAGAGACUUGUUGCGCUCUACUACAGAUGGAGGAUCGUUUAUAAAAGCAGUAGUUCCCCAGAACAAAGCAUGGUGGACAGAGCAAUCGCUCUCCACAAGGAGCUGAUCUCUCUUUACCCUCACUCUUCACUCAAAAACGAAACAGAUCUUGCAUCUAUCUAUGCAAUGUCACGUCACAGCAAGGCCAAAGCUGAGCAGAUAUUUAAGAAACUGCUCAAAAAUGACCCUGCAGAACCUUCAGACAAACAGAUGCUUUACAACAAAUAUGCAAAUCAUUUAUACUUUAAUCGAAAUGACCACCACAGGGCGACACAGUAUCACAUGAACGUCGCAGCAAUACCAGAAAAAUCCUACUUCCGUAAGAACAGCAUCAGAAUCCUGGAGAAGAAUAAAGACAGAGAAAUUGAGGAGUUUCUCAGAAACCUGCAAGAGCCAAGGCAGUAAAGGUAGGGAGGCAAAUUUAGGGGAACAAUUAUGUCCAAGCAAAAAAAUCCAACUAAUUUCUAUGAAGGCGUUGUGCUUUCACGUGGUAAUAAAUGAAUAAUUAAUUUCCUGCCCUUCAAAACUGUUUGAAAUAAAUUAAAGGAAGGUUUGUUUUUAUUAUUUU